CAGAUCUCGGACCUGCAAGGAGCGCUGCGGGACGUCAACGGGCGGGUUCAGUUGAUCGGCGACCUGCACAUGCGCAUGCUCGCCAUGGCGUCGUCCGAGGACCGUCGCGCCCUCGAGAUCAAGGAGCAGCUCGAGGACGCCAAGGCGGCGGCGCGCUCCCAGUUCCAGUCGCUGCGAGACCGCGUCCACUCGCUCGAGCAGGCCAACCUGUCGCUCGCCGACACGGACGUGCGCGAGGAGCAGCUGUCGGGCCUCAAGGAGCGCGUCAAGGCGGCCAUCCAGCGCUACGGCGAGGUCGAGCGCGACUACCGGCGCAACCAGCGCUCGCGCCUCGAGCGCCAGGUCAAGGUCGUCAACCCGGACAUGACGCCGGACGAGGUCACCGAGGCGGUCCAGGUCGCAGAGUCGAGCGGCGAGGGGGCCAUGUUCACGCAGGCGAGCAACGGUGCCCGGCUCAACUCGGCGCGAGGCGUGCUGCGCGAGGUGCAGAACCGCGCGGCCGAGCUCGCUCGGAUUGAGGCGACCCUCAUCGAGCUCGCCGAGCUCUUCCAGGAUAUGUCGGUCCUCGUCGAGGCGCAAGACGACGUCAUCAAGGAAAUUGAGCACAACGCGGUCAAGACCGAGGUGGACAUGGAAACGGGCCUCGUCGACGUCAAGCAGGCUGUCGUUCACGCGCGCAACUACCGCAAGUACCGCUGGUGGUGCUUCGGCCUGAUCGUCGUCAUCCUCGUG